AUGUCAUUAGCUCAAUAUCCUCGCCAGGUCGUUUUUAUCUUCAUCGCUAUACUCCUCGCACAAUGUUCUUUCACGCAGGCUACAGAAGUAAAGUGUUUAGGCGGAUUUAAUUUAAACAGCGACCCAGCCACCGCAAUGUGCUCUGAUAAGGAAUUCAAGCCGUGGAAGUGCCCAACUGCCAAAUGCAAAAAAGACGGUCAGCCACACUUAUCAAUGUCAGGUUGUUUGCACAAUGGCGUCGCUGGUUCUGGUAUAAGUGACCAAAAAUGUGCCCAAUACAAUACUCAACCUGUUCCUUCAUAUGGAUGUAUGAACCCGGGCGGACAAGUCUAUGUUUGUCCUUUCAAAGCCACCGAUCCACCUUACCUCACCUGUUCCGACUGUACCAAGCCAGUGGAAUCAACUGCGCGACAAAUUAACAACAGCAAUAUGUAG